CGACACGGAGUCGGUGGAGCAGAAAAAAGCUAACCUCACACUCCUCACAAGCAAACAAAACUCUCUCUCUCUCUCUCUCUCUCUCCCUUUCUCCGGCGACAUUUUACCGGUGUUUAAUAAGAUUCCGGCGAUUUCAACGCGUUUUUCCACUCCGACGCGUAUGUGGAGCUCCCCGCCGCUGUUUGCAUCUAAAACCGCUGCUGCUUCCGUUACAAGAUUGAUUGAGUGAUUCGUUUUUUUCGCGUUCGCAUUGUUGGAGCUAGGCGUUGGAGGAGUCGGUAAUUUUAGCCCUUGAUGUUUAUUGGAGUCUCUGCGGUGCUUCAUCUACGACUCUCUCGGUUUUGUACUGUGUCGGAUCUCGAUUUCCGGAGAUUGAAAGCUGCAGAUUCCUGAAGUCCUUUCCUUGCUGGACAUCUGCCUUUUCUUCUGGCUAUUACUUUUUCGCUUUUGAGGUAUUGAGAUGAAUGGUACUUCAAACAAUGGCAAAAGUCGCAACUUUGAAAAGACAUAUCCAGGGUGCUUGGGAAGAAUGGUUAACUUGUUCGAGUUGAACAUUGGUGUAUCUGCAGAUGGGCUUCUCACUGAUAAACCGCAUCGAGAUGGUUCGCCUGUCUCAAGGAGCAGAUCAGAUGUAUCAAGUAUGAGUCCUUCUUUUGAUCAAAUUGAAGAAAAAGCGACUGUAUCUGAAUAUCCAGACACAUUUUCAAAUAAAAAAACAAAUGUGAAGCCUGUGAAGAUGCUCAUUGCACAAGAGAUGUGUAAAGAAGUUGACUCUAGACGUAGUCCACCUAAUUUGGUUGCAAAGUUGAUGGGGCUUGAUUCCCUUCCACAACAGGAACCUGGCUCAGCAACGCAAAGAAACCAUUCUAAAGUUCAUCCUCGGCGUCAUUCAGAGAUACCUAUGAGUAACUGGGAACAACAGAAUGGAUUUUUUCAUUAUGUGGAGCCAGAUGAAUUCAAAGAUGUUUAUGAAAUAUGGCAGCAAUCAAAAAAAUCAACACGUAAGGGGAGAUAUGAUGAACCUACAAAGGACAAAAAGAUGGCUUUUGUUCGCCAGAAAUUUGUUGAAGCAAAACGCCUGUCUAUGGAUGAAAAACUUCGUCAAUCUAAGCAAUUCCAAGAUGCGUUAGAAGUUUUGAAUUCCAAUAAAGAUUUAUUUCUAAAGUGUCUGCAGGAGCCGAAUUCUGCAUUUUCGCAGCAACUUUACGAUCUGCAGUCCAUUCCUCCUCCUCCUGAGACAAAGCGUAUCACUGUUCUUAGACCUUCGAAGAUGGCUGGGAGUCAUGAUUUUGCUGAAGCUGGGAAUAGAGAAGAGAAACAGAUGGAAAAGUGUGCCUUUGUUCAGCUGAAUGGCUUGGAAAGAGGCCACCUGGGAAAAUCCCCUUCUGCAAAUUGGAAGAAUUAUGAAAAUCCUGCUCAACCGACUCGAAUAGUUGUUCUCAAACCAAGCCUGGGAAAAAUACUUGAUGAUAAGGCUGUGGGCUCUCCACAAUCCCAGUCAGUGAGAGUACAUGAUGAAGAGUUUUUUGGGGACGAAGAAGACAAUGAAGUUCAGGAAUCUAGAGAAGCUACAAAAGCAAUUACUCAGCAAAUGCGUGAAAAACUUGGCAGGCACCACAGAGAUGAAACCUUGAUUUCGUCAGUCUUUUCUAAUGGCUAUGUCGCUGAUGAAAGUUCAUUCAAUAGAUCAGAAAUUGAGUAUCCAGCUGGUAAUCUCAGUGAUUCAGAAGCUGUGUCACCUGUAUCUAGGCACUCGUGGGAUUAUGUCAAUAGGCUUGGCAGUCCAUUUUCAUCCUCUUUUAGUAGAGCAUCUUAUUCUCCAGAGUCUUCAGUUUGCAAAGAAGCAAAGAAACGUCUUUCUGAAAGGUGGGCCAUGAUGGCAUCUAGUGGGAGCUGUCAAGAACAAAGACAUGUUCGGAGAAGCUCCAGUACACUGGGUGAGAUGCUUGCUCUUUCUGAGACAAAGAAAGUAGCUUCAUCUGGGGAAGAAGGCAGUUCUAAUCAAGAAACCAAGGAUGCAAAUUCUCCUUUGUUCAGUGAACUGAGGACAAACAGACCUGUGGAUGGUUCAACAAUAAAUCUCACCAGGUCAAAGUCUCUGCCUGUAUCAUCUAAUAAGUUAGGAACUGGGAUACUUGCUGAUGUUCCAGUUUCUGGGAAGGAUAAAAUGGAAAUUUCGAAGGAGGACAGAAAGGUAAGAAGUUCCAAAUCAUUCAAAGGGAAAGUUUCAAGUUUUUUCUCCUCGAGGAAUAAAAAGACCGGUAAAGAAAAUUUCCUUGCAUCUGACACCAAAGAUGAAUGUCGCUCUUGUCCUGGAGACAUUGUCAGUAAUAAAACUGAAAGUAUUAUUGGCAAAGGGCAGGACUCUGUACCAGCUGAUCUGCUCGAAACAUCAAUUAAAGCAUCUUCUUCAAAUCUUAAAUUCAAGCAGGGCCUGAUAUCUCCGGAGCCGGACUUGUCUAUGUCAGACCCAAUUGUAUCUGGAAAUCUCACUGAAAAUCAGGAGCAGCCGAGUCCAAUAUCCGUCUUAGAUCCACCCUUUGAGGAGUGUGGUCACACAACGAAAGUGUUUCCCCAUUAUGACAAGCCUGAUCAACAUGGAUAUGAGUUGCCACACAAUGCAGUUAGUUUGAGCUUGAUUGACAAAUCACCACCUAUUGGUUCUAUUGCUCGUACCCUGUCAUGGGACGAUUCGUGUAUGGACACAGCUUCAUCAUACACCAUCAAGGAAUCCUCAACUGCCCAAGGAACAGAGGAAGGAGAGCGAGAAUGGGUUCUUCUAGUCGAGACAUUACUAUCUGUAGCUGGGUUACAUGGUGAGAUGCAAUCGAACACAUUUUUGGCAAGAUGGCACUCGCCUGAAAGCCCUCUGAACCCAUCAUUAAGAGACAACUACAUUGAUCUAAAUGACAAGGACAUAGUGCAUGAGGCCAAGCGGAGGCAAAAGAGAUCAAUGCAAAAGCUUGUGUUUGAUUGCGUAAAUGCAGUGUUAAUGGAUGUAGCAGGAUACGGAGUGGGGCCCGCCCAACGAGCCAUUCCCAACAAGAUGUUGGAUAGUGCAUCAUCAAGAAUGCUGGACGAGGUGUGGGCUCGGCUGAGUGCUUGGUUUUCUAGUGAGUUGAGAUGCGAUGGUGGGGACGACAACAGGCUGGUGGUAGAGAGGGUGGUGAGGAAGGAGGUGGUGGGCAGUGGGUGGGUGGAUAAUUUGAGGCUGGAGGUGGAUAAUUUAGGUAAGGAAAUUGAAGUGAAGUUGCUGGAAGAGCUUGUGCAGGAGGCAGUGAUUGAAUUGACUGGUAGAGAGUGACGAGGCAUUUUUAUUCUUUUAGCAAUAUGUAUUUAUACUCACUUUUAUAUUGUUUAUUUUGCAUUGUGUUUCACACUACAAUGGUCCCCCAGGCCAAACCCCAUCCCCAAUUGUUAAAGCGAUGCAACUUGUCCUCAAUAUGCAUAUCCCAUAUAAUGACCUAUUCUUGUGUAUAUUGUUUGUAUAACUGGUUUAAUAGUGAUAAGCCAUAUGAUGUGUUUGGACCUA